AUGGAGGACACUACUAGUCUCCCCAGUUCUUCAGCAGAUGACCUCAAGAAACAUGUAAUGAGGAUUUUCAAGGAGGCCACCAAAGACUGUGAGGAGGACACGGUCUUGAAAAGAAUGUUUGUCUCAAUUAGGGACUACGACAACCUGAACAAACAUGCCAUUCAAAUCUUCUUUGUUUUGACCGAAUCCGGCCUUGCUGAUGAAACCAAAGAGCUCUUUAAGCCUCGCCCUGAGUCGGGCAUUCUGACUGAUGUGGCUGUCUUCACUAUUGUCAUUUGGGCCUACACCUAUGCCAACAAGACCGGGGCUGCUCUCAAGGUCUACUACCAGAUGAUAGCCGCCGGAGUCGCCCCCACUUCCUGCACUUACACUAUACUCAUCAUCUCACUUGCAACACACUCGUCUUCUGAUGUCAAUUUUGUUAGAUAUGCCAAGAAGUACUUUUUGGAAAUGUAG